AUGUCUAAACGCAAAUUGCAGAAGAAAAAAUGCAGGAGAGGAAAAUCGUGGAAUGAAGCUGACAUGGAAGAAGCAUUAACGGAAAUAUCAGCAGGAAGCCAAAUACGACCAACUUCCAAAAAAUAUAGUAUGUCAGAGGCGGUUUUACGGCAAAGAAUAAAGAAGAAAGCUGAGGGGAAAGUACUUGUGGGAUCAGGACGAAAGAAUACACUGAGCCCAACAGAGGAAAGUGAUUUAGCAAAAUGUAUUGCAUCGUUAUGCAAUCUUGGUUUUAGCCCUUCCAGUAGCCAAAUAAAAGAUUUUGUAAAGGACUAUGUAAAGCUACAUAACAUGACAACUCCCUUCAAAAACGAUCGCCCUGAAAAGAAUUUGCUAAGUCAAUUCAUGAAAAGGAAUAAUCUCAGCAAAAAAAAAGCCAACAUGAAUUGUGCUGCACGUAAAUCUGUGACCAGCAACCCUUUCAUUAUUUAUGAUUUUUAUGACACAAUAGAAAGAUUGUUCAAUGAAAAGCAAUACACUCCGGCACAGGUAUGGAAUUGUGAUGAGUCGGGAUUCCCAACAGAUCCAUCAAGAGCGAAGGUCAUUGGACCUAAAGGAAAGGUUGCCAACAAGCUGACAUGGGGUGCAGGCCGUGAAAACAUAUCAACAUUAGCUGCCUGUAGUGCAGUUGGUCGAGUUCUGGACCCACUCAUCAUAUUCUCUGGGGUCAACUUUCAAUCAACAUGGAGAGGGAAAGAACCACUCCCAAAUACAAUCUAUGGAGUGUCGAAAAAUGGCUGGAUGACUACUGACAUUUUUUUUCAGUGGUUUCAAAAAUUUAUUGAGCAGGUUGAAGACCGUCCUCUUCUCCUAAUCUAUGAUGGCCAUCUCUCCCAUGUGUCUGUAGAACUGAUCGAACUACCCCAGGCAGAAGAAAUUACCUUAGUGAAGUUGCCACCACAUGCUACCGAUCGCCUUUAG